CAGUCUAGCCUACAACCUUAGCUUUUCUUGGUGGUUUCUUCUCCAAGUAUCAGACAAGCCCAAUCCUGCUUAUCUUCUCGGCUGAGAUAAGCCAAGAUUCAGUGUUGCAUCUUGAGACAUCUGUUCACCAGGUGGGAAUUCGUCAGCAUUCUUGUAAAGCUAGAGCAUCCUCAGAAUGUCUGGAGUCUCGUUUGCCCCUUCAAAUGCAUCUACGGCCUCAGUGGACUCUGAAGAAAUUUACAGGACACGAAUGUUAUCUCAGCAAACUGGAGAUGUGUUUACAAUAUCCUCUGCUAAGUCUAGUUCUGGACGAGGUACCAAGUCAACUCCUCCUCAAGACAGAGACCUGCUCUUGGAACAAAACCCAUUCAAAAUCCCUGCAGAUAUUGAUAUUUUUUUGCUGCGAGAUAAACAGAAAGAAAAGGCCAGGAUGGAGCGAGAGCGACGGAAGACUCUGAAAGUCCAUGAGAAGAUGACUUGCUCCACUCUGCAGAGUGCCAAGCAGUCAGGAUUCAAGAAAGCGAUCGAAAUGGAAGAAGAAGCUGAGGACAAGGAGUUAGCAGCAGAAGCCGAACGACUCAAAGCUCUCCGAGAAAGCCUCUCCUGGAAGAUAGCAAUUACUAAAGACCAGGUUGUAGAGAGAGAGACCAUGCAUGAUUACAUCAAUCAGAAACGGCAUAUGUUCUUGCUGCAGUAUGCCGUAACUGUGAAAAAAGAUGAAAUUCAGAAACUGGAAAAUCUGGCUGUGGAAGAAGAAGCCAAGCUGGAAAAAGCUGAGGAAGAUUUGGAAAAGGACGCCGCCAUGUUUGAUGAGUUCCUGAAAGAGAAUGACAGAAACUCUGUCCAAGCCCUGAAAAUUGCUGAAAAAGAAACCAAAGCAAAACUGGAGAAAAUAAUUGAGAUCCGAGAAUUGACAGCGCAAAUGAUGAACAUCCAAAGUGAGAUAGCCCGGUUUGAGGACACUUUGCAGGAGUAUGUGGUGUUCAAGGAUUUCCUCUAUCAACUGUCUCCCAAAGAAUGGCGGGAAGAUCAUGAAAGACGACGGAUGAAAGAAAAGGCGGAUAAAGACAAUUCUGAGAAUAAAGAUGAAAAAUCAGGACUGUCAAAAGAUUCAGGGAAGGAUCUUCAAGAUCUUCAAGACAAGGGCCGACGUCAAACAAGAAAACAUUCUAGUUUUGACGUGGCUAACAUAGAGCCUCCCUCUUCUAGAACACCAAGCCAAGUUUUGUCUAGAAAGGAGUCUUUCAAAUUAAGCAGAGUAUCUUCUAGGCAGACUCUAAAGUCUCAACAGAGCAGAAAACCGAGUGUACAGAUUGCCCCAUCAGAAGAAAAAUUUACUCCAGAAUUAUCUGAUGAAGAUGAUGAUGAGGUACCUGAAUCAUACUUUACAGAUCCACAGCAGCUGCUGCAGCUUUUCACAGAGCUGGAAGAACAGAACCUGUCUCUGAUUCAGAAUUCUCAGGAGACUGAGGAAACUUUGGAUGAGCUCCGGCACAAUUUGGUUAACACGCGCAACAAAAUGGAUCGUGAAAUAGAACAGCUGAAAUUGCUUGCUGUCACUCUGCAAGCCAACAUUGUUAAAGAGGAGGAGACCGCCGCAGACCUGGAACUUAAAGCACGCGUCUUUUCUUUUGGGGAGUACAAAGCAGAUGUUCAGGACAAAAUGUUGGUGAGUUUGCAUCGAAAGGUGCUGGAAGUCUAUCGUCGCUGCAUUGGAGAGAAUGAGGCAAACCUAGGAACCUUGCAGAUGCUCACUGUUAUCGAACAUCAGUUAGAUGACUUACUAGAAUGCCUUGAGAGGGUGCCUCCAGGAAAGAUAGAACAGGCUGAGAAAGCCAAAGAGAAAGAACGAAGGAUGAGGAUGAGAGAAGAAAAGAUAAGGCAGCAGAGACAGUUGCAGGAGGAGAGGCUGCAGCGGGCCCUGGCAAGAGCACAAGCUGAUGUUAAGAAGAAGACUGGCCGAAGAUUAAUUUUUCGUUCUGAGCCUCCUGCUUUCAAGGAGAAAGAAGAUGAGGAUCAGGGGCUGAUCGAUAAAGAAAAAGAAGAGCUGCUCUAUUACUUUACUUAGCAGUCGAAAGCUACAAGACAUUAUGAAGCAUACUGCAAAUUACAAUCUUAACAAGAAAAUGUUUCAACAGAUAACUCUGCAAAUUUGGGGAGAAAGCUACUCUAUCCUAAGUAUAGCGACAUACAAUAGAUCAAAAUAUAGACGACAUCUUUUCAUAGUUGUAAAUCAGAAAUCCAAAUGUUGCUCAAUUUCUUUUGUCAAUAAAUGAAAACUUAGUGAUAGAAAACAAUGUCUACCAAAGUGACCAAAGAUCAGACUAAAGUCUUGCAGCUAGGAAAAUAGAUAUAUCAGUGACAAAUAUGAUUUUUUUUUAAAAAAAAUUCAAUCUUCAAUAUCAGGUUCAAUUUUUUUUGUAAUUAAGCAGAUUCUAUGGAUAUCACAAAAAUAAAAGUUGAAAUGAAGAAAAUGGACAUUAAUUAAUUUUAUUAGUCCUUUUAACUCCGUGAUUAUAAAUAUCCAUUGCCAGCAAUGGACUUUGCCAGAAUAAAUCUAAUGCUUGCUCUCAAGCAAUUAGGAAUUUACAAUGAGUUAAAACUGAGUGGUAUAUAAACUUCAUAAAAGAACACAUUUGUCUGUCCAAGAGAAGCAAUUACUUAUUUUUCAAUAAGCAAAGACUCCGUAAAACAGAAGCACCACAACAAAUGAUACAAUUCACAUUCUUACCAAGUUAGGGAUCCUCUUUGAGUUAAAAAGAAUUGAGUGGUCUGCCCCAUACUUAGUAGGAAUGGAGGCCACAUAAAAUGUUUUUUUUUACUCAAAGAAAAGGAAUAAGGAAUGAACAGGCUUCUUGUGGUCCACCUAUUUAAUCUAAAUCUACCUGUGUGUCUUUAUAACAGACAGGUGUGCUUGCAUUCCAGUUUACAGAGGAUCACAAUCACAGUAAGUGUGUGAACUAUUCCACUGAGUUUUUGAAGUGACAAUUGUUGAGGACAAAAUGCCCCCAUUUAUCUUGAAAACUGAACCUUGGUGAUAGAAAGAAAAGACAAGAGGUUUACAAAUAAGCAAUUUCUUCACUUUUUCCACUGAGAGGUUUUAUAUCAGAAAUAAAAAUAAUUUGUUUUGAUAAUGUAAAUGUAUAGUAAUAGGUCAAGAUAGUCAGGUAAAUGUUUUACAGUCAAUGAAAAAUACCCGCCCAAGAUUUUCUUUUUUCUAAAAAAAACAAAAAAACAUCCACAAAUCAAAAUCUGAAUUAAUGUAAUCUGUAUAAAAUGCUUCUAAACUACAUUCUUCUGAAAAUGAAGUUCAAAAGGCACAGGCAUCAAUUAGUAUAUUUCUAUUUAUGGGUAAGUCUUCUUAAUUUGGAAUAAUCUACUGUGAAUAAUCCAAGACAGAAUUUAUCCAUGGUUUAAUAACACAGUAGAAAAUAACAUUUCCAAAGCCAUUCCAGACAUAAUAUCCUCCUGGCAUAUUGUAUAAGGGAGACCAGGCCCAAGGACCUCCCUUCGGAUUUCAAUAGGUCUAGGAAAUAUAUUUCCUAAGGCUCCUGACUUCCAAAACAGAGAUGGCCACAUGAUGCACAGUGAACAGUAUAAGGUCCAGAGAAGGCUGUUUAUCAGUCUUCCUCUUUUGUCAGUGCUGCUAGAAGAUGUUGCAGAGGUAAUAGGGCAAGGCUAGUUUUACUUAAGCACGAGUUCCAAGAAUACAAAUUUAGAAUGUGAUGGAAGAAGGGUCAAUUUAGAGAAAUUUGUUGCUCGCUCAUAUAUUCAAAGCAAUUAACCUUUCAUUUUCUCCUAACUGUAAAUAAAUAAGCAAAAUUCGAACGUGUUCCUUUGUGGGAUAUCUUUGUAUAAAAAACAACAAUGCUCACACAACUUUUUUUAACUAAGCCGUACAUAUGUAUAAUUUUAAUGCCAUGUGGCAUGUCAUGAAUAAAAUGCUUUAAGUUCCAGACUUAAAUUCUAUUGUAAAACACUGACAUCUUAUUUAUUUCUCUGCUUAGCUGAAGUCUUAGUAUUUCUUCUUAAAAGUCUGUAUGAAUUAAUUCUAUUAUCUUAUAAUAAAAGAUAGGUAUUUUAAAAACAUAUAAAGAUGUAUUUUUUCGUUUCGGUCAAGAUGUUACUUUUAUAUGCUACUGACACUAGCUGGAAGCUCUUUCUGCAGCCAGAUAGUCUGUAUGUAAAUAGUAGGCAGACCGUCAUUUCAACAUUAAUUUAGGAGUAAGUUCUACUGAAAUCAGCAAAACCUAUUUUUGACCAAAAAUGCACCAUGAUGGGUAUAUGUAAUAAAGGUGACUUUGUACAAA